UCAUCAAAAAAUGCUUAGUUGGUUCAAAAAAAAGAAGCCCGAAACUACUUAACAGCAAUAAGAAGAGAAAGAUGAGAGUGACUUUGUUGAGGAUGAUACAUAAGUUGUUACUAAUGAGGAUAAAGAAUUGGAGGAAAAAGGAUUCGAUCCAAUAGCACAAGUCUAAGAAUAGGACAAGGAAAAUGAAGGAAUCGCUGAUCCUGAUAAAUUGGAAUAUGUUGGUUAUCAUGAUAUCUCAGGAGAUGAAAUACUUUAAUUAGUGCUCAACUUUAAAAACUAUCCAAAUGAUGAGGAAAUUCGUCAUGUUGAAGGAUAUGAAAAAGGAGGAAGAAUCUGUGCUGACAAAAAAGUAGUAAGCAAGGCUAGAAGUGUUGGAAAAGAAAUGGUAAAACAAAUAGGUAAGAAAAUCUUAUCAGGAUCUUUGAAUCUUACAAAAGUGAGUUUCCCUAUUAGAGUCAUGAUUCCCAAGACCGCCUUGGAAACUGCUGUUCAUGGAACAUCCAUAUUUCCCUUAUACAUUACAAAGGCAACAAUGACUCCAGAUUUUUUAGAGAGAUUCAAAUUAGUUAUCACAGCAACAUUAUCCUCCUUUUUUUGGACCAAUACAUUUUUGAAACCGCUUAAUCCAAUAUUGGGUGAAACUUUGCAAGCAUCAUAUAAUGAUGGAACACAAGUAUAUUGUGAAUAAAUUAUGCAUCACCCUCCUGUAAGUUACUUUUUAGUCUAUGGACCAAACAAGAAGUACAAGUAUUAUGGAUAUUAUUUGGUUGAAGGAAGAGCAGGCUUAAACUCCGUGACAAUUAUUAAUAAAGGAAAAAGAUCCAUUGAGUUCACUGACGGAUAAAAGAUCGAUUUUGAUUUCCCUAAUGAACUCUAUAGUGGAACCUUCUUUGGCUAACUUAGAUAAGAAUCAAUCAACAAAAUUACAUUCCAAGAUAAAGCUAAUGGAUUAUAGUGUAUUAUCGAUAUUGGAAAAGUUAAAAAGAAAACUUCGGAUUUCUUCUAAGCUGAUAUCACAUGCAAAGGGUAAAAGGUUUCAUAAGUAUAUGGUACAUACAUAGGAUUCAUAAACUUUGACAAUGUGAGAUAUUGGGAUUACAGAUAUGUAAUCCCAUUCAAGAUUAAGAUGGAUAAAUAACCACUUGAAAGUGAUCAUAAGAACAGAUCUGAUUUACAAUCAUUGAAAGCAGGAGAUAUUCCUAUGGCUUAAACAAAUAAGGAAAUUUUAGAAAACUUAUAAAGAAAUGACAGAAAACUUAGAGAGUCAUACGAAAAAUAAAAGAAAUCCAAAAAGUGAAUUCAAAGUUAGUGUUAAAAUAUAAUAAUAAAAUUAAAUUGAUUA